AUGGCAGCGCAGGACCGGCUCGCACGGAUUCGCGCCCACCUCCAGGCCAUCGACGUCGCCGUGUACGUAGCGAGCGAGGCCUCGCCGGCAGCAUCGCCCGACCCCGCCAAGCUCGCGACGGUGCUUCCGCCGGCGGCCCAAGCGUUCCUCGCCGGCUUGGCGAAUGCGUUUCGGGUCGACGUUCGGGCGCUGCACGUCGCACGCCUCCAGCGCCAGCUCGAGCUCGAUCUGUGCAGCAGCCUCGAAGAGGCGCACGCCACGUGUGUCUUUCGCAACGGUCCGUACGUCGACGGCGACGCGUGGACCAUCGACCCACUGCCCGAGGUCCUGCACGAUCGCGGCGUGGACAUUGGCGACACGUCGCCUGCGCGCACCGACGAGCUUGUCGCGGCAAUCAAUUCGGGUGCGCAAGGCGUUCAAGUGGACAUGGACGACGGUCACUGCCCGUCGUGGAAGAACGUCAUCCACGGGCACUGGAACCUCUUGCACGCUGCACGUGGAACGCUGCCAGGCAUCACGCAUUCGUCGCCCGCGCUGCUCUUACCGCGGCCACGUGCCUGGAACAUGGACGAAGAGCACGUCUUGGUACACGGCCACGCAGUGCCCGGCGCGCUCUUUGACUUUGGCCUGCACAUGUUUCACAGCGCCGCGCACUUGAUCGCGACGGGCCGCGGCCCCUUUUUCUAUUUGCCCAAGCUCGAGUCGGCGGCCGAGGCGGCGCUCUGGGCCCGCGUCUUUGCGUACACGGAAGCGACCCUUGGCUUGCCCGUGCAUUCCAUCAAGGCCAUCGUGCUCAUCGAGCACAUUUUGGCAGCGUUCGAGAUGGACGCGAUCUUGUAUGAGCUCCGGCACUACUCGGCGGGGCUCAACUGCGGCAUGUGGGACUAUACGGCGUCCAUCUUGAGCAAGUUCCGGUCGUUCCCUGCUGCGUCGCUGCCCGACCGGCAAGCCUACGUGUCGAUGCAGACACCGUUCCUGGCGCACUACAUGCGCCUCCUCCUCGCCACGUGCGCGCGACGCCGUGCACCGGCCACGACCGGCAUGGUACCGUUCGUCCUCGAGCACGCCACGCCGGCGGAGGCCGCUGUGAUGCUCGAGAAGACCCGCGCGGCCAAAUCGUACGAAGCGAAUUGCGGGUCCCACGGCGCGUUGGUGUUUGACGUCUCGCUCGUGCCCAUCGUCCAAGAGAUCUUUGCGCAAAAAAGUCCGCGGGUCGUCGAAGCGGUGGCCACGCCAACUCCGCGCGAUCUUCUCACGCUCCCGCGUGGCCACGUGACGAUGCACUCGGUCGACUUCAACCUGCGCGUCGUCCUCGCUUACAUUGAGGCGUGGGGGCGCCAAGAUGGCAUCGUCGUCCUUGACCACAGUGUCGAAGACUCGGCGACGGCCGAGAUUGCGCGGUCCCAGCUCUGGCACUGGAUCAAGUUUGAGCAUCCGCUUCAGGAUACGGACUGCGUCGUGUCCAUAUCGCUCGUGCAUGCGUUGCUCGCACAAAUCGCCCAUGCGUACGCGCCAGCGACGCGCCGCCUGACGCUCCAUGUGCUCCAAGUGCAGCGCUUUCCAACGUUCUUGACGUCGUUCCUGCAGUCGCAGCGGCUCUUGUGGCAGUAACGACAAUAUUGGCGUCCUCGGUAUAAAUGGUGAUACUGCCUCUUACGUAAAGCUCU